AUGCUGCCACAGUCCGCGGGGCGCCUUCGGAGUCCCAGUGACCCAUCCGGUACACAACGAACAAAACCAAAAGCCAAAGCACCGACGCAAUUCACACAAAUAGAGGAAGAAACCGGUAUUUCCGCGAUCAGUGAUGAAGUGGAGUUUGGAAAGUGGUACCAUGAUGUGGAAGAAGACUUGCUAGAUGCAAGUCAUGAAGCAUAUCAGUCAUGUCUUCACGAACUUGAGAUAUCCAGAGCACACCUUGACUCCCUUCUUGCCGACACAUCGUCAACCCUUGAGCUUUUGUCAAGUCUCUCGAAAUCAUUCCAAGCUGUCGAUCUGCAAACGUCCACAUUCCAGAAACAAUGUGAAGGACUAUUGACUACGCAGUCGAAGAAUACUCGCCUGGCGGACGAUAUUAGGGACAACCUUGUAUAUUAUGAGUUUCUUGAUCCUGCUUCUCGGAAGCUCAAUGCUCCUGGAGCAGGAAAGACAGUCCGCAACAGUGAGUUCUCAGAUAUGCUGAGAAAGCUCGAUGAGUGUUUGGAUUACAUGGAGUCUCAUCCUGAGCAAAAAGAAGCGGAGGUUUACCGAUCAAGAUACCGACUACUAUUGACCCGUGCAUUGACACUUAUCCGUGGACACUUUGUAGCUGCACUACGAGAAACAUCAUCGGGGGUAUCGAAAAGGAUUGCCGACAAACAGCUCAACGAUACCACAAUGUCAGCCUUAUUGUAUGCGAAAUUCCGCAUCGGGGCUGCUGAGAUGAAACAAAUUGGAUUGGAGAUCCAGAAACGGGCUGUCCCGCCAGUUGAUCCAGAGCAGGGAACCGAAGCGGAGUACCAAAGUCUUAUGAACGAAUUGCACACUAGCUUUGCCGCAACGCGGGGAAAGCUUAUCAUUCCACUGGCACGGAAAAAGCUUACUAGCAUUGCACAAGCUCCUAGUACCUCUAAGGACCUGGUAGCGUUUGCUAGAGCUAGCAUUGGCUAUAUACGUGGGGUGUGUCUUGAUGAAUUCGAACUCUGGGGAGAAUGGUUCCAUGGUCAAGUAGGUUUAUAUGAUUUCUUGGAAUCUAUUUGUGAGCCUCUGUACGACCAUUUGAGACCUAGAAUCAUUCAUGAAACGAACUUGAUCAAGCUCUGCCACUUGUGCACGUUGUUGCAAACUCGUUAUAUGUCUGACCCAGAAGACGAAGCGGAAUAUAAUGAUCCAAACCAGCUGGAUUUCUCCAUCCUUAUCCAACCUGCUCUUGCAGAUGCGCAGACUCGUCUAGUAUUCCAAGUGCAAGGUAUUCUUCGCAGCGAGAUUGAGAGAUAUCGUCCAAAACCGGAGGACUUGGACUAUCCAACUCGAAUCCGACAAAUCUCAUCCUCUGCCAGAGGCAUACCACUGUCGGGUCGGAAAGGGUCUACACUGCCAAAGACACCAACAAUUGUCGACGAAGAGACAGAUUCCCCCACAGAAAAAGACGCGCUCUGGGAUAUUGAGAGCCAAGCUACAUUUCAGGCUUGGUAUCCCACACUGCGAAAAGCUAUUUGGCUGCUUAGUCGUAUAUACAGGCUGGUCAACUCUACAGUUUUUGAUGAUCUUGCGCAUCAGAUCGUACAUCAAACGACAUUCUCACUCCAUCAAGCAAGCACACAAAUAUCGAACAAAUAUUCUCCUACAGAUGGCCAACUAUUCUUGAUCAAGCACCUUCUCAUUCUUAAACAACAGAUCGUCGCAUUCGAUAUCGAGUACGUCACGCCCGACAUAUCACUUGACUUCUCAGGAGUAACGAGUACCUUUUGGGAGAUUCGCGAACGUGGAGGUCUCUUCAACCCUAGCAAUCUCAUGCGCCUCGUGGGUGGCGGCCUCUUACCAAAAGUCGUGGAGAACAUGCUCGAUGCAAAAGUAGAACUUGACGGCAGACUCCGGACAGUAAUCAACGACUUCACGAACCAUUUUGCCACUCGUAUGACGUCCGCCCUACCCACGAAAUUUAUUGAGAAGGAUAACAUGGCAGAUGGAGUCGCAAUAAGCCCCAUAUGUCGAAGCAUUGAGAAGGAAGUCCCCCUCCUACGUAAAGCUUUAGAUGACUAUCUUGAAGAUACCCGCACAAAAGAGACGUUGGUUGGCGCAGUACAGGACCGCGUUAUACAGAUAUACGAAGAGUUCUAUGAGGGUUAUAUCGCUUCAUUAGCGAAGAGCAAAGGUGUAGCAGCCAAUGUGAAAGGCAAAGGUCGAGAGGACGCUGUCUGGGACGUCGACACCUUCGAGGAAUGGAGUGAAGGGGUUUUUAGGGUUGGUGUUGCUGGCUUGCGUUCUCUCGACAAUGAGGAGGAUGACGAAGAUCGUGGGUCGAUUGUAUCAUAG